UGAGCCCUGUUGCUAUAGCAACUCCCAGAUACUCCCUGCCCCUCAAGUCUUGGGGAGCAGGUAGAGAGGAAGACUCUCUAGAACCCUGGCUGACCCUGGAAACCCCUCCCUUACCAACAGUCCUGGAUUUGGUGAUCUGGGAAAGCCUGGGGGGAUGGUUGGGCCAGUUCAGAAAAAGAGGGAUGGUUCAGAGUAGGGGUCCAGCUCAGUAUUGGGGUCAAAUCAUAAUGGACAAAUGGUCCAGUACAGAAUGGGGGUCUAUGGGACUGGAGAGUGAUCCAGCCUAAUAUUGGGUUACAAGUCAGACUGGGGAAUUAUCCAAUACACAAUAGGUCCUGUUCAGAAUGGGGCUUUGGUCCAAUGUUGGGAUCCAGCUCAGACUGGAAGGUGGUGCAGCCUAGAGCAGGAGAUCCAAGCUUGACUAGAUGACUUAGCCAGCCCAACUCAGGAGCCCCAGCUCUGGCUGGGUAUCCAUGCCCCAGAAUUCCCAAGACACUUAUUUCAGAUGGAGGAGGUGGUGGUACUGUCAGGAUGGGAGUGUGGUGGACUCCUUCCUGCUGCCUUUUCAAGGGAUGUCUGGGGUUUCCUGUGCAAGCCCCAACUGAAUCAUAGCCAGAGUGGAAGCUGGCACCCCCCCAUGUGGAGACAUGGGUAGGGUGGCAGAAUCUGCAAGCCAGCAACUGGCUAAGUUUCCCCGCUCUGCGACUUGUCAGCAAGGGCUAUGGGUGCUGGGCACUCUACAUGAAGUUCCCACUAAUCCCCUACUACUUUUGGAAUUCAGAAAGGAGGAAGAUGAUGAAAGCCGCCUCCCUCUCCCCUACCUCUGGGUUUAGCCUUUCAUUUACAGUUUGGACUUUCAUGGAUGAGCAAAGCCAAGCACAGGGCAAGGUUUGACAGAGGCCAAGGAAAUCCCAGAAAGUCAUUCCCCAACCCACCCCCAUAGAGCAGCAAGACAAAGGCAGAUGUACCCACUUCUCCCAGGAUAGCAGGAUUUGAGGGCUACAGGUUCAAAGAGGAAUCAGGGAGGAGUUAGGGUGGUGCUCACCACCACUCCCGCCUCAUUUCUCUCCGGCUGCUCUUUCAGCUAAUUAACAGGGCUCUGGGGCCUCUUUAGCCCCCAGGGAGCCCCUAGCUGCUGCCUGGACCUGAGUCUUAACUCCUUCUCCUCUACCCAGUGGGCACUGCCAUCCUUUGGGUAGUCUAGCACCCACUAGGGGAGGUAGAACUUGGCAUCCAAAAACAGUGAAGUCCCUGGUACAGGAAGUUAGCUUUAGCACCCCACCCCAGGGCAGACUGGCCAGCCAAGAGGGACACCUUCUGGAAAAUCUUCCCACUGCCUCCUGCCAAGGAGGUCCUUUGCAAACCUUGGCCAUCCAGGAGCAGGUACCUUUAAAUGCAUCCGUGGCAACCAGCUCCUCCUCCCCAGUCCCUGGAGACCCUCCCAAGAAAGCUGGCUCAGAGGCCUGCUAUUUACUGGUCCCCCUGCAAAGGGGAGAGUCCAUGGAAAGUCCAGGGAAGCCUGGGAUGGAAAGGGGAUCAGGCAGUGGCCAGGGUGGGGACUCAGAGAUCACCUUCCAGCUGUGGCUGCAGCUGUUUCUCUGGGCCCACCUGGCUGUCCGUUUCCUGGGCUACCUGUGCCGCACCCUUUGGGCUCCUAAGCCACAGCCUGCUUCCUGAGCCACACUGGCCAGGGGCAGGUGGGCCCUAGAUCAGCCUAUCCUGUUGCACCCCUCAUUACAUUCUCUGCUGAAGAGGCAGGAAGCAGAGGUGAGUGGGGGGCUUCUGGUGGUUCCCGCCUCAUUAUCCCUUUGUGAACCAGCUUCUCCUAUGUCUGCCCCACCCCCCACCCCCAUGUCCUAUCCCCAAAUCUGGCAAGCUUCUGGCACCAGGGGGAACCAUUUGCAGGGCUAUGGUAAAACUAAGGCACCCUGUGGACCUGUCAGGAGGGUAUCAGCAGACAGCAGAGGUGCAGCCCCACUGAGACGCGAAAAAGAACAAGACAGACAUGGCAGUUCUUUUGGGCCAGCUGAUUCUAGAUUCUUCCCAAGCCCCUUGCUCUCUGCCUUCUUGGGUGGGUAGAUCAGAGUCCCAAGGAGGUAUCCUUUCCCUCCCCAACCCCAUCUAGAAUUCAGAGCGCAUUGUUUCGAGAUUUCCAAAGGAGGUGUUGUGUGUCUAAAAGUUUCUGCUGGUGACAGCGUUGGGGUAAAGUGUGUUGUCCCAGGUUCAGGGAGGUCUCUUGGACAAUUUGGCACCCAGUCAAGUGCCAGACUAUGAGUCUUGACCAUUUCUUGCCCUCUUUUCCCAGUCACCCUCAACAAGACUUGUCUGGUCAGCACUCUCCAUUCUGCCACUCUUGUAGCCCCAUAGAGGGCUCUUCACUCUUAACACUAAGGGAGAGCUUUGGGGACAGUGGGGGAGCAAAGGCCAGGUGGAUCCCCAGCUCUCUGUUCAGAUGGGACAGGCCGGACACAUCAGGGUAGCGCCCGUCCUGGGAACAUCAGGGCGUUGAGGACAGCUCUGUUGCGGGCUGCCCUGUGUGCUUGGACCACUUGUACUUAGUGGGGCAGGCAACCUCAGGCUUGCUCAGUCUUCUCAGCUGUACAGUGGGAGUAAGAGCAGCUCUGACCGGGCAGGAUCAGAAUGAAGCAUAGAAAUCAAGCACUCAUCAUAGGAAUGGCAUACAGAGGAGCCCCUACAACAUGCCUGGCUCCGGGUAGGUUGUGAGGACAGGUUCAUGAUGGAAGAAUUUGUCAGGCUAAGCAUCUAGGAUUUGAGAACUUGAUACACCCCUGUGUUUUUCCUGUUGUUGUUUUGU